AUGGACUGCACUCAGGCGCAGAAGGUUCGGUAUGGUACUCAUAUGCUUGCAGUCGAAGCUGAUGACUGGUGGUUAGAGACUCAUCAGAGAUUGGAAGUUGCUAGUGAAGAGAUCACUUGGAUUGUUUUCCGCAGAGAGUUUCUGAGGAAGUAUUAUCCGGAAGAUGUUCGGGUGACAGAGUAUACUGCAAAGUUCACUGAGUUGGCCAAGUUCUACCCGUAUUAUGAGGGAGCAGGUGCUGAGUUUUCAAAGUGCAUCAAGAUUUAUGAAGAAGAUCAUAAUGCACAUUACAAACUUGUCAAGGAUAGGAGAGGUAAGCAGAACCGUAGCACACCUUAUGAUGCUCUAGUUGGAAAGGGAAAAGCAGAAGUGGCUAAUGGCAAGAAAACUAGUGGGGGAGGAGCUCCUGCUAGCUAG